AUGAACACCUGCAGAAAAAUUAAGAAAACAGGUGAGUUAUUUAGUUUUUAGGCUAUAUUGUGAAAAAUUGCACAGUAUAUCUCAAGUCCCAAAUAACUUGAGAUAAACCGAGAAAUAUUGGGAAAUUCUAUAUUGUAUUUAAAGUUUGUCGAAUUCCUUUCAAAAUAGAAAUUACUCGUAAUUGAAAACAAGAUAAUAUGUUUCAUUAUCAGUGUUAAAAAAAUACGUUGACCAUGUAAUUUUUUUUUGAACUUUGAUUCAAAUUCAUUUCCGAAAAAUUCUUAUCUGAUUUUUAAUUGUAAAAAUACCGAUUUUCCAUAAAUAUAUCUCUAUUCUAUAUUUAUCCUCAUUUUUGCAUUUUCUUCUUCUCUCGCGCACUUUUUUCUCUCUCACUCUCUUCAUUUCGUAUACUAUUCAGCCAUUUGAGCCAGCUUUUUCCUUUUAUUAUUUCUGUUCUCUUUUUUUUGGCAGCACAUUUCUGAAAUGAAAUGAAAUGUAGUAUUUUUCAUGUAUAGUAAAAUUGAUUUUUUUCUAAAUUUAUGUAGAAGAUGAUAAGUUUUUAGUAAAUAAAAUAUUUCCGGAAAUUUAAUCUUCAAACUUUUGAGAAGAAUGAAGCAAUUGUUAUUUCUCUCAUUUUUCUUGUUUUUUUUUAAAUCAUAUGAUUUUACCUGGAUAUUUUGAGUAUGAGGUUUAACCUCAUGUUAUUUUGAACAACACAAAAAAUGAUGGUAUUGUUAUAUUGUACUUUUAUUUUAUGACUAACAGGGUACAUUAUUAAUCUGUAUGUUUUCAUUUUACAAAAAUAAUAAAUAUCUGUCAUAAUCUACAGUAUUCUCAUUCCCAGGAAAUUUAUUUUUAUUCGCCGGCAAAAUAUGCUUUUAUUGUUUGACUGGUUUCAAAAAAUAUGAAGAGAUUGGCGCCAGAAUUGUUGUCAUAAUAGGAUUUUUUGUCGACCUUGUCAAAUUCUUUUGUCUAAAUUUUGCGAUAGUUUCAAAAUAUGUAUUUGUCAUAGUUGUUUUUAUUGUUUUGAAAUUGUCUGGACGUUUUCGAACUUUCAAACUUCUUAAUCACGCGUUUAGCAAAUAAUUCUAAAAAUUAGUCACAAUCUCAAAUGUUUAUCUCAUAAUUUUUCCAGCAGUCAUGUUAUUAUGCUGCAAAAAAGGAUCUGGUGAUCCUGUAGCAAAUGCAAUUUACAAACUUGAACCAUUUUAUCGAUUAUGUGUUAUUCUAUUUGGUGCAGUCUUUAUUCAUCUAACAAUUGGAACAUAUCAUACAUUUGGAAAUAUGUUGCCAUAUAUGGCAUCUUAUAUGAGAAAUUAUACUGAUCCAAAUAUUCGAAUUGAACAUAUGAUGUGGAUUCCAACUUUUCAGGUUUCUUUUUGAACUUUCAUUGGUUUUUUGGGAUUAAUGUUUAUCGUUUAUUUUAAUUUUUUCAGGGUUGUUUUCCAUUUGCAAUGGUUAUUGGUGGAAUAACUUCAACUAAAUUCACUCCAAGAAUUUCAGCAUUUAUUGGAUGUUUUCUAGUAACGUUAGUUUAACUUCCGAGUUUUUUCUCCCAAAAAAAAUUAUAUUUUUCUUAGGUCGAGUGUUGCUUUAUCAGCUUACGCAAUUCAACAUUCAUUCACCGCUUUUUUUGUCUGUUAUGGUCUCAUUUUUGGUCUUGGAACUGGAAUUGCAUAUGUGACAGCUGUAACAACUGCAAUUAAUGUGAAUUUUGAAUUUAAUUAUGAAGAAAAGAAAAUAAUGAAUUUUAAAUUUCAGUGGGCGCCUGAUAAAAUUGGAAUUGUUUCUGGAAUUGUUGCCGCUGGAUUCGGACUUUCAUCCUCGAUUUUUGCCCCGAUACAAACUUGGCUUGUUAAUCCGGAUAAUUUAGCAGCUACAAAAGAUGGGUACGUUUUUUUUUUUGAAAAAAUUGCGCUCUAUUUUUGAUUUUUAAUUAGACCUUCGGGUUUAAUUAAGCUGAAUAUCCUAAAAUAUAUUUUUAGGGGAUCCCAAAAAUGAUAUUUAAAAAAACCAAGUUCAAAUUCAUUUCAGGUAUUUCGUGCAAUCUGAGUUACUUGAAAGAGUUCCUGGUUUAUUCACAAAAUUGGCAAUUAUUUAUGGAAGUAUGCAAAUAAUUGCAUUGAUUGUUGUUUGUGAUCCACCAUAUCGAGUGAGUUUUUAGAUACAUUUUUUUUUUGAAAAAAAAUUUGGAAUUCAUUUAAAAACUUUUGAAAAAAAACCUUUUGUUAACCAAUAUAUUUGAAUAAUGAAUCAGAUUCGUCAUUCUGGUUUGGGUUCUUUAUCCGAAUUCUUAUUCCCUUCUUCUUCUUCUUCUCGACAAUAUUCUUCUGUUCAAUAUCGUCCUGUUCGACUUGAAGAACAAAUGGUUCGAACAUUUUUUAGAUGUUGUGAAGUGUGUGUGUGUGCACAGUGUGACAAAAAUCCCGACACAAAAUAAUACUUUUUGCAUGUCUUUAAAUCUUACUGUACUUAUACAGAGUGUAAUUUACUACUUAUCCAAAACUGUAGACUUUUGGCGCCGAAACUUACAGUAACCCAGUGUUUUUUGGCGCUCAAAUUAUCUGGAAUUUGUGGGCUUAUUCAAAAAUUGACGCCAAAAAGAUACUUUUUGCCACGUCAUAACUAUUUUUGUGAAAAUUUUAUUUGAUCGAUAUCUCAGACUUUCCAACUACAGUAAACCUAAAUUUAAAAAUUCUGAUGUUUCCAGAAAUUUUGAAACCAAUUUUUGGAUUUGUAAAUUACAGACUGUAGCUGCAGAUUCUUUAUUCAUUCUCUAAUUUCAUUUUUCUUCCAGAAAUCUUCAUCAAAUGAAUCUUUGACAAAUGGAAGUGAUUCAGAAGGCGAAUAUGAUCCUGUUUUCAAUGGUAGGCUUCUUAGUUUUGCCUGAGAAUCUCUGAAAUCAAUUAUUUUUUGUUUCAGAAAAUGCUGAAGAUAUGACACAUCAACUCACUUCAUCAGAAAUGCUAAAAUCAACAACAUUUUAUUGUUUGUUUCUCUCAUUGUUUUGUUGUUCAUUUUAUGCCAAUAUGUAUUAUAAUUUAUACAAGGUAAGUGUAUUUUUCUCUAAAAAAUGUUAUACAAUUAAGAUAUUCUUCAGACAUUCGCUGAAAGUUUCAUCGAAGAUGAUUUCUUUAUUGCAAUGGCAUUUUCAAUUGGUUCAAUAGUAAAUGCGAUUGCAAGAAUUGGUUGGGGAUAUUUAACAGAUCGAUCAAGUUUUCAAAUAUCUUUAUCAAUUGCCACGUGUAUGGCAUCCGUAUUUCUUCUAACAAUGCCUUUAACAAUUGAAUUGGGUAAAUAUGCAUAUUUAAUAUGGUUAUGUGGAACAUUUAUUUGUAUGGGUGCAACUCAUGCUCUUUUUAUUACUGCAACUGUCAAAUGUUUUGGAACUAAAAAUAAGGCGAAUAAUUAUGGAUAUCUGAUUUUAUCAACGGUAAGAAUUAUUUUUGGGUGUAUUUCAUUUUUUUUUAUUAGCAUUGGAAAUAAUUUGCACCAAAUCUUUUUCUAGUAGAUCAAAAAAUAUUUAUUUUUUAUCAGUCAAAAUUUAUUCUUAAAUCUCUGCAAAAAUUGUUUUUGUAUCAUUAAUUCAAUCUAAUUUUAGAUUGAGGGGGAUUUUUCAAAAGCAGAAUCAGAAAACAAUUUUUGGAACCUUCGAGCUCAAAAUUGUUUUUGCAGACAAUGAGUGGAAUCUUUCUUGCUGGUGUUUCUCAAUUCUACCUUAAUAUGAUUGGUUAUACAUAUCUCUUCAUGAUAACUUCAAUUUUCCCAUUCGUUGCUUUUGUCUCAAUUUCGUGUAUUCAAUGGACGCCACAAGGAAAACGGGUUGUUUAA